AUGCCUACAUAUCCACUCCAGCUUACCUGCUUGGGAGUGAUAUAUGGCACGCCUGCGCUGGCAGCGGUUUUCGUAGCGCUGAGGAUCUAUACACGGCGAAAGUUGAACUUGAGAUUGAGCUGGGAUGACUGGCUCAUCAUCCUGCCUACAGUUUUGUCCAUCGCGCUCAUCGGGCCCUCACACAAACAUGUCAAGAUGUGGCACAUCGGCAUUCACAUUUGGGAUGUGGAUCCGAACGAGAUUGAGCCAAACUACGAUGAAUUCUAUGCGGUGCAACUGGCAUUCAACCUCCUUAACAUCCCGAUCCUACCACUCGUCAAAGCUUCGAUCAUCUUGCUCCUUCUUCGCGCUGGAUCCAUCAUUACAUGGCUGAAGAAAGUACUCUACUGCAUUUUGGCCUUCGCCAUCGGCAGCUCACUAAUACCGUGGUUUCUCUACAUUUUCACCUGUCCACCGCAAACCGGUAACACCUGGAAGCCACGAACAUUUGGGAACCUCCACUGCAUGGGCCGACAUCGAAUGGGCGAGUUGCUGAUCUGGGUCACCUGCGCCAACCUACUCACCGACCUUCUUAUUCUACCUAUACCCUUCAUCAUCGUCCGGAGAAUGAUGAGCGCGCGCUUGCGGUCAAGGCUCGUCGUCUUGACAGUCUUCGCAUGCAGUCUGGCAGUGACAGGCAUCGGCGCCGCCAAAAUCUACCUCUCCUACCGCGACCGCCUUUACACCCUAUAUGUUCCCGACUGGACCUACCCAAUCGACUACUGCAUCAAUCACAUCGAAAAUAACGUUGCUAUCAUCGUCGCCAAUAUCCCCAUUCUGCGCGGCCUCGUCACACGCUGGGUAUUCAACUUCAAGGGCACCAAGGCAGCACCCACAGACCGUAAAGAGCGCCCAAUCCCGCUGCGAAAGCGAUCGAGCCUAACCAAUAAAACGCACAAAAAAGUACACAAGAAUCCCAUGAUGCGUAAACUCCUACCUUGCAUCGACGACUUCUCGUCCAGUUUAGCGACUCCAGAGCAAUCUAAGCAACGCCCCGGGAGACCACUAUCGGGUACCUUCACCACCCUCUCACACUCAAACCAAAAAAGUAGGAAACUAAGCGCAUACUUCUCGCGCUCCCGCCGCUCCAGUACAGACCGGUAUGAUAGCGCCGACACAAUCGAGAAGGGUAAUGUCCGGGAGACAGUAACCAGCAUUGGCAGCGCGCCCACGCUUAUCGGCUCAGCGAACAGGGAGUCGAAGCAGUGGGAUAGCUCGGUAUUGAAAGCGAAGGGGAGUAGUCCGACACUGAGACCGAGCGAGCCAUUCGGAAGUGUGGAGCCAUUGAGCGAGAUCCAGCCGCUCAACCAGGUGCGAAUGCGAAGUGCAUUGGACGGCGAGGAGUUUGAUUUCGGGGACAUGGAGGAGAUAUGGCCGUAUUCGAGUUCGCGUCGUUGAGUAGAAUACCCAG